GAUAAGAUCCCAUCCAAACACGUACACCGCUGCACUCAUCAGUAGUGACAAAGACUGAGAUCCUGGUCCAGAUUCCAGCCAUGCUUAAAGCUUCAAUCCAAGUUUCUUUUCUUGUUUUUUGAGUGAUAAAUAUAAAGUGCCACCAUGAAGUACAGGACAGUGAUUAUGUACAUGGAGAUCGGCUGCUUUGUCUCCUGCUUGUGCGGCUGGAUCCUUGUCUGCUCCACACUUCCCACGGAAUACUGGACUUUUUCCGAGGUAGGGAGCAUUGUGAUGACCACUUCCAACUACUACUCCAAUCUUUGGAAGGACUGUAUCUCCGACACCACGGGGGUGUCUGACUGCAAGGACUACCCGUCCAUGAUGGCUCUGCCGGUGUUCCUGCACGUUUGCAGAGCGUUGGCUGUGUGUGCCGUCAUCAUGGGCUUUUUUGGUGGUGUCCUCACACUAAUAGGGAUGAAAUGCACAAAAAUAGGCGGAUCUGAAAUCAUCAAUGCCAGGGUGACAUUUGCAGGUGGUAUAACCUACCUAACCUCAGGAUUCUGUGGUAUGAUCACCUACUCAUGGUGGGCCAACAAAGUCAUAACCGAGUUCUUGGAUCCAACCUUUAGGCAACAGAAGUUUGAACAGGGAGCUGCUCUUUUUGUUGGCUGGGGAGGUUCAGUCCUCCUUCUCUGUGGAGGAACCGUACAGACAUAUUUCUCUGGAAAAGAAGGACUUCCCUCAAGUAACCAUUCGGAAAGGCCGCACAGACCUGCAACAUACGCCACCGCCUGGACCAGACGCACCUACAUGCUGCCGGCGACAUCCUCCAGAGUGACUCUAGUGCCACCUCUGUUUUAUGAAGGCAGGAAGAGUUGGACAACCAGAGGAACGUCCAAAACCAGCAGGACCUUCAGCAGGGACGACUUCGUCUAAGCUGAGCGCAAACACCCCAAAACCAAGUUCUGCUCAGCUGAAAGUGCAACGAAAGCGUGGUCGAGUGGAGCAAAAUCCUGGAACCCCCCCCCCCCCCCCAAAAAAAACCCCAAAAACAAAA